AAUGUUCGCAGCAAGCUGAUAGAUACCUACUAACGAAACAGUGUCAAAGCUCAAGCGUUUAAAGACAUUUGCCAAAUCAUGCAUUAAAAAAGUUGCCAUAAGUAAAUGGUUUUAAAUCACAUCCUACAAUUUAAAAAUUAUACUAUAUUUCACAUUGUUUUAGUGUGAGAUUACUUAAAAUGUGAAGUAAUAAUUAAAUGCAAAGCAAAAUUUCAAAACUACAUUCGAAUAAGUUCUGCAGGACAAUAAACCGAAGUUAAGCCUAAACAUUUAUAUGCACUAAAUUAAACAUCAAACUUGUAAAUUAUGGCGAAUUCUGCGAAUAGCAAAGAUGUAAUUGAGUUUGUAAAGGAUGCUGAAGACGAACGAAAGGCAAACGAAGAACUCUCGGAAGAGUUCGGAACUCACGUAUCCGAACGAGUAAAAUUGUAUGAAGCGGGCAUGAAAGGAUCAGCAUCGUUAGCUCAUCUAAGAAACAACAAGAACAACAACAUACGGCAUGUGGUACCUGUAGGCGUGUUGAUUGUGUUAUUUACUUUGUAUUUAACAACUGCUACCUUACAAUGCAACUAUGUGAAUAGAGAACAGGAAGGUCUUAGAUGCAAAGACGACGAUACUAUAUUGCAAAGUCAAGAACUACAAGCACUGGAAGCGGCUAAACGUGUAAGAAUACUCGAAAAGCUCUUGGAAUACAAAGAUCUUUGUACUGAGCUAGAGGUGUUUACGAAAGAUCUGCGUUGGACAAACGAAAUUUAUGACAAAUUAGAUUCGUUAAAGGAAUUUGAAAAUGAAUGGGAACAAUCGGCUAAAGGUUUUCUAGAUAUGAACAGUGGUAGUGGUACUGACGGUGAAGAGGAACAAGGUAAUUCCAAUAUUGAAGAGAUUGGAGUAGAACCUGAAGAUUCUCAAUUAGCUGAAGAGGAUAACAAAUCAGUACGCCGGAAUGGACAAAACUGGCCACAUGGAGCAGUUGCAUUGAAAAAGAAAAAGGUUAAGAGCGAAAAUAAUAAAAAUAACCAUAGCAUUGGCAACAACCCCAACAGUAAAAAAGAUCAGCCAAUAGCCAAGAAAACGAAUACGGCAGAACCUAUCAUUUAUCUAUUCGCGUUGGUAUUUAUUUAUUUACUAUUGAAAGCCGCCUCGGACAUAAAUCAACACUACAAAUCACAAAAUAAGGGAGGCAAACGGCUAAGACGUUGCUCUUUGCAGUCUUAUGCUCAGACUCACAAACAAGAUCGUCGUGCUUCCAAAGGGUCUCCGAAGAAAAAAUCAAACAGAGAAUUAAUACUGGAAAUGCGAUCGAAGUCCGUAGAUCGCUUCAAUGAUAACGCUGCGAAAAAAUCCGAAAUACUAGCCAACCUACGGAAAUACACAUCGUUUGAUGAUCAUAAUCGGCUAGAAAAUAUUGAAUACGGUGCCUUUCGUUUUCCACAUCUAACAACAUGGGAGGCCCAGAGUAGAGGGGCAAUUUCUUUCAAUCGUAAAGAAACUAUGUAUCCAAAAGUAUCUAACCGACGUUGCUCAGUACCAAUUUCACUAAAUUUUCAACGUCAAAAACUAUCGACAAUGACAUUAGUUCCUGCCUCGAGUAUGGCCCGCCGAACUUCUUUCUCAGGCGUUCAUUUUGGAACAGAGGCUUUCCUAGGCGGAUUACAAUUUGCUGAUCGCGGACAGGAUUCGCCCUUCCUCGAAGUCAAACGCCGUGUGCGUAUGAUAAAUCGACACUAAGCUGUUAGGCGAUUGAACAAAACAGAAAAGAUCCUUCUCACCACUGUCGGAUCUGCCAGAAUAACUUCAAAUGAUAUCUAACCAAGAACUAUCAGCCAGGAUCAUUCACCAAGUUUAUGGGGAAUCUCUUUUUAGUAAAAUUCAUUCAUUUCAUCAUGAACUUUACUUACAUAUGUAUAAACAUAAACCAAACAUAUAAAACCCCAAAACAAUUUAAUUUUAAGAUAACUUUAUAGGUCAUAACUAUGAAUUGAGUAUCGUAUACAUAUGUGCAUAGGUAUGUCAAGUACAAAAAGUCCAUAUUAAUAAAUCUGUAUUUAAAGAUACUAAAUGAACAAUACAGGAAACAUCGAC